GAGAACGAUAUUAUAUCUACUCUUAACCCGUUCAACGACGCCCCUCACUCCUUGUAAAACCAAAAUAGAAGGGCGGUUCUGUCUCUUUCUUUCAAGAUUGGAAAUGGAUGGAAGAUUGUUUGAGGCAGCUCGAACUGGCAACGUUAGUUUAUUGCACCAAUUACUUCUUGAAAACCCUUUGAUUCUAGUUGAUUGUGAGCUCGUCUCUCCCCACGAGAACCCGUUACACAUUGCUACUAAGGCCGGACAACUGGCUUUUGUACAACAAAUACUUAAACAGAGACCAGGUUUCGUAAGACAAUUAAACCAAGAUGGGUUUCGGCCACUGGACAUUGCUUCCGCAAUUGGGUACGUAGAUAUAGUGAAAGAGAUUACAACUUGUCAUCGUGAUGUUUGCCGUCUCAGGGGAAGAGAAGGAAGAACAUGUCUUCAUUAUGCUGCUAUAAAUGAAAGGGUUGAGAUUAUUGAUCAAUUACUUACCACUUGCAGUGAGUGUGUUAAAGAGGUGACAUCUCUCGGUGAAACUGCUCUUCAUCUAGCUUUGAAAUACUAUAAGGUUGAAGCCUUUACAAACUUGGUCAAAUGGCUGGAAGAGCUUGGUUUGGAAGAGCUUGUGAAUUCGGUUGAUAAAGAUGGAAACACCAUCUUGCACCUCGCGGUAUCUAGAAAACAACUUGAGAGUGUAGAGCUUCUGCUUAAAAGCAGCAAUAUCAGCAUCAUACUGGAACUGAACGUCAGGAACUCGAGGGGUUUCACAGCGACGGAUUUGUUAGAUAAUUCACCCGUAGACAAUCCAAAUGAUAUUCGACUAAAGGAAAUCCUCCAAUUUGCGGGAGCCCUCAGUACAGAAACUCCUCAUAACACUAUGAUAAACAAUCCAAAGCCUUCUACAGGAGUUUCAAAAGACUGGAUUAAGUAUUUUCAAUUUCAAAUGGAAAGGGACUCACCAAGUGAUACUCGCAAUGCACUAUUAGUCGUAGCAGCACUGAUUGCAACUGUGACUUUCCAAGCAGGGAUGAACCCACCAAGUAGCUUUAUUCUGGAUACGGCCACAGCCAAUUCCACCAAUACUGCGAACUCUGCUCCUCCUCCGGCUAAUACUCCAACGACCAGAUUUGGUCCAGCAGUUACCUCUGGUUUACUUGCUGCUUUUGGGAGUUCAGGCUCUCUAGUCACAUCCAAUUUGUUUGUAUUUGGAAAUACAUUAAGCCUUGCUGCAUCCCUAAGCAUCAUAAUUUAUCUGACAAAUAGAUUCCCUUUCCAGAGAGAGCUUCAAAUAGCAAUUUUCUCAAUGAUAUUUACUUAUGGGUGUGCAGUAAAUUCUAUUAAACCUGCGGGCGCCAUUAAGUAUAUCCUACUAGGAAUUGCCCUUCUUCUACCAUUUUUAUUUCGAUGGCUUCCACACUGGGUCAGAAAAUUUUGGAAGUGGCUGCAAUACAGGAGGGAUCAGAACAAUUCCAAAACGGCUGAAAGACGAUUAAACUCAUCGAGCCCCCUUUAAGCAUCUGAAUCUGGAGAUUUACAAACCUGUGUUGGAUAAAUAAUUACAUGCUUUUAUAUAAAAAUGUAUCGCGAUUAUAUUCUAGAAUUCAUUCUCAAGUUGGAAUUUUUUUAUUUAGUAAAUUGAUUUUGGAACCUUUUGGUAUUC